CCUGAAGGUCUCAUCCAACCCUAAUGAGUCUCUGGGUCUAUUUAGGGCAAUAGUGGGGUGGAUUGGGGUCGGGCUGGGGGUCUCAGCGAUCUCAUCCAACCGCACCAAUCCCAAGACGCUCUGAAAACCCCUGGAGCCAGUGUCCCCCCACUCCUGUCCCACUGCUGUGGGCUCUGCAUCCCGCGCUGCCCCACAGGUGCUGUGGCCGUACCUCCUGGAGUUCGUCACCCCUGUGCAGUUCACCAACGCGCUGACUCCCAUCUGCAAGAGCCUCAUGCAUUUGUCCGCGAAGAAGCAAGAGGAGGGAGGGAACGCGUCCCUGAUCCCGUACGACCUCAACGGAAAUCUUCCUUCGCCCCAUGCCUUAACGACACGGCUGCUGGUGGUGUCCUCGCGACCCUACACCGGGGACGGUCGUGGCGCAGCAGCCCUGCGGCUCCUGCACGCGUUGCGCUGCAGCGUCCACCCCACGCUAGAGCAGCUCUGGAGCAAGAGGGUUCCUCUGCUGGUGGAGCACAUCGAGGAGAACAACGAGAAGUCGCUGCGCCCGGAGGAGUGGGAAGAGGAGCUGCUGCUGCUCCUCCGGGAAACACUGGCAGCCGUUUCAGACAAUGCUUGGGUCUGCCACUUUGUGACGGAGAUGUGCCGGCAGCUGAACAGCUACAACGGAUUCCCCACGGAGAAG